AUGUCAAGCUAUUAUGGUGAUAGCCCGCAGGGCAAGUCAUAUAGUUCCAGCUCUAUACCCCCGAGGGACUCCGCAAAAGAGGAAGAUGUGAUCGACAAGUUCUUGAACCUCACCUCAUAUACACCAGUGCAAGAGGAAGGUCCGGAACUUUUUAUGAAUGCAUCAUCUCUGACUUCAAUAAGCCACCAACCAUCUUCUGGCUCGUUUGAUAAUUUGCAACCUUCAUCCAACGACAAGAGAAACGCUUUUUUCGAUGAUGUUUCCGCGAUUACUAUGACCGGUGCUCAUUACAGUUCCAAUAAUGCCACCAACAACUCAUUCAAUGUUUUGGGCUCUACACAAGAAUUUGCAAACAUGCCGUCAGUAGACACACCUCCAGAACAAGCCUACAUCCAUUUUGAUGACUCGUUGCCAAAUUCUAACGCAUCAAAGGCUGAUACCUCUGCCCCUUUGAUACAAAUUGAUAAAGCAUUUUCCGAUUACCUGACUCAGCAAUCAGAAACAGCCAACUUCUCUAAUUUCAAUGCACAAGAUUUGGACACCGGAUACCCAGGAGCCAAUAUUAGACCACAAGGGUUUUCACAUUUCAGUGCUGAAACUAGCUUGCUUUUACAACCACAAUUCGGGAGACAAUAUAGGCGGCCAGAAUCAUCCACGGGUUCUGAGCUGUCGGCUUCAACUUCGCCCUAUCUAUCAGCGGUUGAAUCAAUUGCCGGGGACGACUAUGUUGAGCCACGAGACGACUUUGAAAGCCAAUUGGUUUCUGAUAAUAUUCGUCAACUGUCAUUGUCGGCAAUGAACGCACCAAAUAUCAACCUUACAGAGCAGAAUCUCAAAGAGCAGGAACGUAUAUCGGCAGCUCCGCCGAUUGUCAUUGAGAACCCUGAGAAAAUUGCUGAUAGUACACCGUCGCUGUUUUCUGCGUCAUCAUCUAAGGUUUCCUCUCCUAAUAGGUCGAGGUCAGCCAGUGCAGGCAAUACCCCCACCAUCAAAGUUGAAGACUCCUCCUCCACUCCUGCCAUUUCAAUCAAUGUAGAGGAUGUUUCACGUUCACAAGCCAUUGAUAGCUCAAGCUAUAGCACUCCAGAUAACGACAGACUGUACAAUACUAACUACUUACAGGUGGACGAUGCUUAUCUUACGCCAGAUGAUAGAACGCAUAACUCAAUGAGAAUGGGACGGCAACGACGCCAUUCGGAAUCUAGUUCGCGCUCUAGAUCUACUUCGAGGUCCAGAUACUCAGAUGAUUCAGACUACGAUAGCGAUGCCUCACUUUCGCGUGAAAAACUCUCUGAGCUUGCCGCCCCACCUUCGCCUAAUAGAAAAUCGCAAAAAAAUCCAGCUUCAUUUGCUUGCCCUGUGUGUGAUAAGAAGUUCACACGACCGUAUAAUCUGAAAUCGCAUCUUCGUACACACACCAAUGAGCGACCCUUCCUUUGUACCAUAUGUGGCAAGGCAUUCGCGCGACAACACGACCGGAAACGACAUGAAGAAUUGCAUUCCGGAGAAAAAAAGUAUCAAUGUCGUGGAACUUUGGCAGAUGGAUUUACCAUAUGGGGAUGUGGUAAACGCUUUGCGCGUACUGAUGCUCUGAGACGCCAUUUUCAAACGGAAAGCGGUAAAGGUUGCAUACGACCUUUGAUGCAAGAAAUCGAAAAUGAGAAAAAGGAGGAGAGGCCGUUAACAAGCAGCGUUAAAAAGGUCACCGACUCAAAAAUUCCUAUGGAACUUCUGGACGUUUCUGAUUACAACAGCUUGCUGGAUCAGAUUUUGACCGUGCAAAGCAAGGCCAAUACGAGUUGA